GGAGGGGGGAAGAGGGCCGAGCGAUGCAGGAUAUUCUCACAGGAUGUGAUGGCUGGACAGCAGCCGGAGCCGUGCGAUGUGGAGGGAAGAGUCAGCUGAGAGGACCUUGUUGGCUUGCGGCGUUUGCUUGGUUACUAUCGAUCUAUGAGUGGGUGGGUGUGCGCGCUGAGGAUGUGAAAUCAACAUAGUCAGGAGGCACUUUGAAGACUAGUCAUCAACUGAGAGUGAGAAUCCUGCAUUCAAAUUCCAGCCUCAGUAGAAGUUUACAGAGAAGAUCGUACACCCAAAACACAUGAUCACCAUGGCUGCCUUCCAGCUGCUCUUCCCGCUGUUGAUCAGCUGCGUGGCGGCAUCCGCACAUCCUCCCCGCCACCUCCCUCCAUGCCAAGUUAUCCAGAUGGAUGUGUUUUGCAGCGAUCUGAGCCUCAGAAGCGCUCCAGUCAACCUUCCUCAUGACGUCCAAAUGCUGGACCUGUCUCGCAACCAGGUGCAGAAUCUCACCCAGGAAACUCUAGCGUACCACACCGGAUUCCACCACCUGAACUUGCACUCUAACAAGAUCCACUUCAUCCAGCCGGGGCUCUUCAAAGACAUGACAGAUCUAAAAGUCCUGGAUCUGUCCAAGAAUCAUCUGAAUGUUUUCGCUCUCUCCAAAAUCAACACCGGGCCUCUUACAGCUGUUGAGUCACUUGAUCUUUCAAGCAAUGGCCUGUACACAGGGAUGUCGGACUAUUUCCUGGCUGACUCUCCGUUGCUGGCAAACCUUUCUCUGAACAGCAACAGCAUCACCAAAAUAGCACAAAAUACCUUCAGCGGAUCUUCGUCAUUGAGGAAAAUCAGCCUCCACAAUAACGUCAUCCUGGAGAUUGAAGAUGGAGCCUUUGACUCCUUGGAUCAUCUGACUGAACUCGACUUGUCCAAGAACUCGAUCACGUGCAUCACAGACUUCAAUCUCUGUAAUUUAAAAGUGCUGAAUCUCAGCAAGAACAGCAUGGAACUUUUCCAAAGCACAACAUCAACACAUCCUUAUAAACUCCUCACUCUUGAUCUCAGUGAAAACAAAAUGCCUUACUUCCCUCUUCUCCCCAGAAACAACGUGCUUGAAUAUUUGGACGUUUCAAGAAACCAUCUUCAGAGCGUCAACGUCACAGGAGACCCUGAAAAACAGACAAACGUUUACUUUUCUCGCCUGAGAUACCUGGACAUGAGUUACAACCAACUGAAAAGCAUACCAGAGUCCUUUUUUUACUGCAUGGCAUCACUCGAGGUCCUGAAUGUGAGCAAUAACUGUAUCAGCUCCUUUUCUAUCACUAAUGAAGGCCUUCUACAGACAGUGAAGAUUAUCAACCUCAGCUAUAAUUCGCUGCAGAGCCUCAUAUUUGGGGAAAACGCAUUGCAAUCACUGGAAAAGCUCUUCUUGAAUGGAAAUGACCUCACCACUCUGGACCAUCAAAUAUUUCAAAGACUUCCGAGCAUCAGACAUCUGCAGCUCCAGCAGAACAAUCUCCAAAUCUGUUCCUCGGACCAAAACUACCAGGAUCCUCCAGCUUGUGUCUCCUUUUCUUCUUUAAGAAACUUGCAGUUCCUGUACCUGUCUGAAAACAACCUGAGGACUCUGCCUGCAAAUGCAUUUGCCAACACCCCUCUGAAGUUACUGGAUCUGUCCUUGAACCCGGGCUUAGACAUGGACAAAGACUCCCUCUCUGGUCUGGAGCAUUCCCUAGUCCACCUCCUCCUGAGGGAAAACAACAUCUCCAGUCUAAACACGGACCUGUCCUCGCUGAGGAGUCUCAAACACAUAGACCUGUCAACCAACCAGCUGACAGUUCUCCCAAUGUGGAACAAAGACUCCUCCAUUGAGUCACUAAACCUGCAGCACAACAACCUGGUCACCCUGGAGUACCGCACCAUGCUUGCUCUGGAGCACUCACUAAAAACCCUCUAUAUGGGCUCUAACCCUCUCAGCUGCUGCAGCAACCUCGACUUCCUCCACAUGGUCCAGCACUCAGGCGUGGUUGUACCUGACAUUGAGACUGUGACCUGCGUUCAUGAGGACUAUUCAGAACCAGUCAACAUUGAGAAGGUGACCAAGGAAAUGUGUCAUAGACCAGGCAUCCAGAACUAUAUUAUAGCUGUUGUAGUGAUAGUGUUAGCUGUGAUGAUCGCGCUGGCGCUGCUGGUUAAAUGUUGCCACUCGAGGAAACGGAAACCCAACCGCAGCUUUAGCGCAUAAUGUGAAACCAUGAAGGAAUUCAUAUUUGGGACUUGCUUGGUAGUUUGAAGCAGAGACAGAAGAAAAACAUGAAUGUAAUGUCACUCAAAGUCUUAUGAAGGGACAAUUUAUAGCCCUAAAUUCGGGUUCACCACUACUAUCUUUGAGACUAGUGUGACUGAAUCCAAAUUUGGUCAAAAGUGGAAGAAACCUCGGUGAAGCUAAGAUGGGACAUGCAAGAAGAACCACAAUGGCACCUGUCUACAAGACAACACGUGCCAUAAUAUCUCCUAAAUGAAGGCAUAACAAAACUAUUGAAACCAGAACUUCUUGUGGAAAAAUAUUUCCUCUUUGCAUUUCGAAAGAGAAGUUUGGACUUUUUAAACAGACUUCUGAAAGUCUCUUGCAGUCACAAUCCAGUGGUCAUUUCAGGAACUGCAACCUUAGAGCCAUAUGGCUGAAGCAGGGGUGUUUCAACCGAAUCGCCAGAAAUUAUGUUGGUAUUGUACGUUUUUGCCAAACAAAGAUACAUUACAUAUGUACAUUAUUUUGUAGCAGACACAUUGAAACUUUCUCACCAACUCUGUAGCGAACGUGUGGUUAGGUUUAGGGACAAAAAUCACUUGGUCAUGGUUUGGAAAAAUCGUGCUUUAGCUACGUUUGGUGGCACAAAAGCUGCUAGAAAACGUUGUGAUGUGUUGCUGUAAAACACCCAGAUCGGCUGGCACAAAUGCUGCUGGGAAAUGCUACAAAGGAUUGCCAAAAAACAAACCUGUUGUUGGUUUCAAAUCGUUUUAAGCAGUGGUCUGCAGCUUAGCAGGCAUCUCACCUAGGUGACAUACCAUCCAACAUCCCCUUCACAAGUCUGUUUAGAUUUUACAUCACUUCAGAAGUGUUGAUACGACACGUAUGAAAUGUGCAAAUACAGCCUAACAUAUUCGUGGCUUACAGAAAUGUAUAAUGCCAACAUUUUCUUUUGGUGAUUGGGCUCGGUGUUUCCUGCUUGUUUAUCAAGCCACAUGCCAACCAGCAUAACUUUAUUGAAUGUAAAAGGAUGAAUCCACACAAAAACACUUCAACACUGUUGACCAUUCUCUCCACUGACACCUCAACAGAUCAGACUGAAAUGCAGCCAUAAAAUGCAACAGGACAUUCUGACUAUUUGGGAAAUGUUCUUUUUUCUUGUUAGAUAAAAGUUAGAUGAUACCACUCGCUGAUAUGAGAGUGGUAUCAAUCUUCUCAUCUGACUUUCAGCAAGAAAACAUUUUCAACAUUUGUAUAACUGUUUCUUUAAAGGGACAGUUCACCCCCCAAAUCAAAAAUACUUAUUCUUCCUCUGACCUGUAGUGCUGGUUAUCAGUCUAGAUUGUUUUUGUGUGAGUUGCUGAUAUCAGAUGUUGGAGAUGUCAGCUGUAGCGAUGUUUGCCUUCACUCUAAUAUAAUGAAAAUAGAUGGCACUCAGCUUGUGGUGGUCAAAGAGCUAAGAAAAAAAAAAAUACAUUUGGAAAACUCAACAGCAAUGUCUCUGUCCAGAAAUCACGACCCAUUUACUCAAGAUCAUCCACAGACCUUGUUGUUAGCAGUUUCAUGUAAGAACUAUUGUCUUUCUACUGAUCUGCACCCACCAGCUGUAUCACUGUACAGAAGAACGCGUGAAUCUGCUGCUAGCUCACCUAGCACCAUUGUGCUAGCUAAUGUUAAAGCUCAGGAGGCAAGACCCCAGGAGGUGCACCAGGCUUCGAAACCAAUUUUUGUAGUGGGCAAAAAUUCGUGUGAUGCCCUGCAGCCCAAAAAUUGAGCUAGCAGUAGAUGCACAUUUCCUUCUGUGCGCUGAUACGGUUGUCGGGCGUAGUUUGGUAUAAAGAAAGUAGUCCCUUCAUGUAAAUCCUCAAAUCAAGAGUGUGUAUUAUCUUCAGCAACUGGGUCAUGAUUUCUGGACAGAGGCAUUAGUGGUGCAAUUUUCAAAUGUAUUUUUUGGUGCUUCGGGUACCACAAGCUGAGUGACAUGUAGUUCCAUUAUAUUGAAGAAAAGGCAAAGAUCACUAUGGCCGAUAUCUCCAACACAUGCAACUCACACCAGAACAAUCUAGAUUGAUAAAUAGCACUACAAGUUCAAGUUUCUUUAUAUUUUAGGGUGAACUGUCCCUUUAAGGGGUUAUUAAUGAACAUUAAAUCAGUGAUGAUGAUAAUGAUAAAUCAGAUUUAGUCGAGAGUGUUGACGCUGGAACAAAGUCAGAUGUCUUCACUCAGUGACGUUCAGUGUAAGAGUAUCUGAGAGUGGAAUUUUCCUUUAAGCUAAAAAUAAAGAAACACAAACACUACAAAAGGUCAUGAAACAACAUGCUCUUUCACAAACGAUGACAACUAUGUAGGUUGUCUAAAAGCAACCCAAGACGUCCCUUUACCCUUUGUGUAGUUUGCACUUUAUAUUUCCUCGUGUUUGUGUGAUUGUGUCUGUGACUGUUAACACUAAGGAUAAUUUUGUUACUAUAACAAAACUAAGCUGGACAUUUUAAACAGUAUGUUCUCUGUGUUGAUCCCAGGCCUGUGGUGCUAUCCCAUGACACAAUAUGUAUUAAUUUGACAUGAAAAGUUGAGAGCUGGACUAAGCACUGAAAUGAUUAAUAACUGUGAUACUCUUAUAUAGAAGUAUAAUAUACAUACUGUAUAUUUUUAGAUAAAUACAUGAACAUGAAGUCCAGUGCUAUGUUGAUGUUGGCUACACUGGGAUCCACAGUUUCAUACAAUUUGAAUGUGCUUGAUCCAAAUAUUAUUAUUAUUUUUAUUGUUAUUAUUAUUAUGUACAAGUCAAGUUGAUUUGUAUCUUUUAUCAUCCUGUGAUGUUAUUUUAUAAUGUAAUAUUAGCAAUAUUUUGUACCAACUGAAGUCAAUUUUCUACACUAAAAACUGUGUGAGAUAUUAUUUGUGUGACAAAAACGUGUAAUCUUCUGAAUGUGGUAUUCACAUCCGCCCAUUUUAAGUUUAUUUUCUUCUCAUUUUUCAGCUAAUACCUCAAAAUAAUACCUCACUUUCACGCAAGUUUGGUUGGUUCCCGCAGUUAGACCCACAUUAUGGUAACAUUUCACUUUAUGUGGUGCUCGUACAGCUGUGCUUUGUUGCAGAAAAUUAGAAUGAUAUCAAUUUUCCUAUCUAACUCUCAGCAAGAAAUCAAAUAAACAUAUUUUCCAAAAUGUUUCAUACUACAAGUGCAUGAUAAAUAUUAAGUUCAAUAAACUCAGCCUGCAAAGGAUUUAAGGAGGUUUUUGAGGAAAGAGCACAUAAUGAUACGAGAUUAAACUGAAUGCAAUUUUCUAAUAUUUGUCUCUUCAUUAUUACACAAAAGAUUUCUCUGCCUUGAACAAUUCAAUAUUCACAUUUUAUCUGUUAUUUAAUUCUGUAUUUUGUUUUUUGAUGUAAGAUACCCCAUCAUAGGUAUAGGUUAUAUUUUUUUGUUUUGUUUUUCAUAAUUUAUUAAUGGGUUUUUAUCAUAGUAGGCUAAAAAAGAGAGAAAAUAGAAUAAGUAAUACACAAAAAAACUUUUAGAAAUGGGAUUUCCCAUCCGAAAAAUUGAAUAUGAAUGGCUGAAGCUAUUUAAGAUAGCAUCUCUCAAGGCAAAGUGUUUUAACUGUGUACCACACACUUGUUUACAGUUGUGAUUUGUCGAAUUACAGGAAAAUAAUCAGAAACUUUUUUUAAUAACUGGUUGUUUAAAUCAUUUUGUGAGGAAAAAAUGCCAAAAAAUAAAUAAAAUGAAAUAAAAUAAAAUAGAAUUAAAAUAGAAACUUUUUAAUACCUGGUUGUUUAAAUCUUUUUGUAAACAAAAAUGGCAAAAUAAAUAAAUAAAAUAAGAUAAAAUAAAAAUAAAGAUAAAAACAAAAAUAAAAAUAGAAUAGAAUAAAAUAAAAUAAAAUAAAAUAAAAUAAAAUAAAAUAAAAUACAGGCCCACCCAAUCAAUAAUAACCAAUAAUAGUUAAUAUGAUUUGUUUUCUGGAGAUGUCACUCCUAUGUUUUGUCCAAUUAAAAGUCUUGAAUAUUAAUAUGGGCGGGGCUACCUUGAAAACGUGCAUUGGUUAAGUUUGUAUGACCUGGCUGUACUUCCACGGUUGGGAGAAAGUCAGACUUUGCAGUGGAAUAGAAAUCAGUAAAAUAAAUAAAUAAGUAAAUAAAUAAAUAAACAAACGGCUGCUUAAUAAUAUUACUAACAUAUCACAGCAAAUGUCCAUAGCAUAAUAUUCAAAGAAACCACGGCCGAAGAAGGAAGAAGUAUUCCAGUGAGUUAGAAGUGGCUAACGUUAGCUUAAAACAAGCUAACGUUAGCCGAUUUGACGGACGCCACACAUGUUGGCUUUACUUGGCUUUACCGGCGCCAAACAUGUCGGUGCCAGCCGCUGAAUUCUCCGCCACCUGCUUUCCCAUCAAGUUACCUGCCAGUUCCCUUCAAGAUAUUUUUCCGAAUAUAAACGCUAUUCCAACAGUCAUUGCCAAACUUCCAAUGACUUCUUGCUGCAAGUUGUGUUCUACAACGAACAGGAUUGAAACCACUGACCAUAACUCACCUUAACAAUUUGACUUCACUGAUGGCAGCUGCACCUUGAUGUAACAUGGUACCCUCUCCCCCACAAGACACCAAUGGUAAGGUAAAAUGCUUCUUUAUAUGCCCGCCGUGGCCGUUAAAUGACAAUACUGAUGAAGGCACUGAGAAAUUAUGUCUGCUUUACAUAAUAUAUGUAGGUAAAUUCAGACGUGUGGAUGUUGAUAGUGUACAUGUUUUCUCAAACAAACUGGUGGAAAGUAACUGAGUACAUUCAAAUUCAAUGUACUUCUAUUUUACAUUUCAGCUACUUUAGUCUUUAUACUUAGCCUACUACUCCACUAAAUUCCAGAGGCACAUGUUAUACUUCCUACUCCACUUGCCUACAUUUAUUGGAUAACUUAAAUUACUUAGCAGAUUCAGAUUAAUAAUACAAAAUACGUUUAAAUAAUAAAUGUGAUAUAUUUGUAUUGAUUAAGAUAAGAGGGGCCAGUGGCGUAAGGUAGUUACCAGGGGCCCCAGUGCAUGCUAUUUACUAUUAUGCUAACACUAGUACUCAAGAUAAUAAAAAUAAAAUACAUCUUCACUGUGCUGAGUCUGUUAGUAUGUAAAAAAAAAUAUACAAAUUUAUGCAUUGUGCUAUAUUACACUGUAUAAUACAUAUAGUGUUACAUUCAGAAAUAUAAAAUAUGUAUUAUGCUGUAAUGGCUACUACUGGGGAUGUUCCUGGCGACUAAAUGAAAAUUUUAACUAAGACUAGUUGACUAGUCUAAAAAAGGAAAACAGUCAAACUUUAGCACAUUUUAUUGUUAAGUAUUUGAAACAUUGUCCCAAAAAUAUUGUGUGCAAGCCCUUUGAAGCCUUUUAAUCACAGUCUUCAACAACCAUGACAGAAGAAGAUACACUUUGGCCGUACGGUAUCAAUGUGAACAUGACGGCAACUCAGUCAGAAGUUAACCACUAAAAUAACAUCUAAAAUACAUAAAUUGCUGACUAGCAAGGGGGCGGACGUUUAAUCGUUUAGAUGACUAAUCGCGUGCAGCCCUUCUUACUACAGUAUACAUCAAUAGGAUAAAGACAAGAAUAAGAAUAAACACAAGUAUGUACAUUAUGCAUUAGAUGUUGAAUAAAUAUUCACAUUCAAGAGUUGUUGAUGAGAAUUAAGUCAUAUACUGAACAGUAUUGCACGGGGUAUUGCAGUAGUUUAAUUAUUGCACCAGUUAUUAUGUCUGGAACCCCUUAUAUUGAUUUUCUGCGUUUUACUGUUUAAAAUGGGUACAAUUUUAUUUUAUUGUUGAGCUGCUCACAGCACAUUGAUUCUCAGCCCUUCCUUGCUCUGCUUUCUCUCUCUUUAUUUAUCACUUCACAAAUUAAACCAGCUGUUUGAUAAGCUAAAUGAGAUAUGUUAAGUUAGCUAGCUAGCGCUGCCCUUGCUCCCUCGGCCUCACUCCCCGUGCAGGAAGUACUUUGCUGAGGGAAGAAUGUGCUUCAGCUCCCGAAAUGGUCCUUCAACUCGGCCGUAUAAACUUGAAUUAAAUUUGCUGGGGUCACAGUGGGCUAACCUAGAUCAAACCUGUGUUAUGGCAGCAACAGAAAGUUUGUUGAUCCUGCAGGGGAUUUGGAGUGGAUUAGACCCCAGGGCUGUGUUUGCACUGGCUGAAUUAAAGUUGCUACAGUGACUGAUUGAAGGUCUGGGAAAGUAGGGGUGGGGUCUGGUAUCGUGGCAUUUUGCAUGACAGUAUUGACAGAUGCCAAGUGUGAUUUUUUUUUUUUUUUUUUUUUUUUU